AUGAGGAACCCAACCCUGGCGCAGACAUUUCGUGUUCUGGGUGAGCAAGGUAAAGCCGGAUUCUACUCUGGCAGGAUCGCUCGCGAAAUCAUCAACGUGACAAAGGACCUGGGCGGCGUGCUCACCGAAGAGGACCUGCAACACCAUAUGGAGAUGGGAAGUGAGAUGGCAGAGCCCAUAUCCGUCCAGUUCUACGGCCAAGGCCUCGGGGACGAUGGAGUAGAGUUGUGGGAGCAGCCUCCAAACGGUCAAGGGCUCGUCGCCUUGCUCGCUCUGGGUAUUAUCCAGGAAAUGGAAAAGCAGGGCAAGGUACCGGUAUUCCAGCCCCAAGACUUCAACUCGGCACCAUACCUGCACGCCAUCAUUGAGGCGCUGCGAUUGGCCUUUGCGGAUGGAAGCUGGUACAUUACAGACCCGGCGACGGCCAAGAUUCCAGUCCAGGAGCUGCUGUCACCAGAGUAUCUCGCACAACGGGCUACGCUGUUUGAUCCCACGAAAGCCAUCCGCCACAAGGACCACGGAACCCCCUUCUCCUCUCCGGCACUGCAGAGCAGCGAUACGGUGUACUUUGCCGUGUCGGAUUCGGACGGCAACGCAGCAUCGUUCAUCAACUCCAACUACGACGGCUUCGGAAGCGGCAUCGUUCCCAAAGGCUGUGGCUUUACCUUGCAAAACAGAGGAUGCAAUUUUUCCCUCGACUCAUUCCAUCCAAACAAACUCGAACCACGGAAAAGGCCUUACCAUACCAUCAUACCCGGCAUGACAACAAAUUUGAGCGACGGGUCCUUGCACUCGGCCUUUGGCGUCAUGGGCGGAUUUAUGCAGCCACAAGGCCACGUCCAGGUCCUUUUGGGGCUCGUUGUCGGCAAACUUGGCCUCCAGGAAGCGCUUGACGCACCCAGGGUUUGUAUUGCCUCUCGUAUGAUGGAGGAGGGUGUUGAGGACUGGACCGUCAGUGUGGAAGAGGGCAUGUCCGAGGAAACCAUCGCUGGGCUCAGGCAGCUUGGCCACCAAGUGGAGAUUCUCAGAGGCUGGGACAGGUCCAUGUUCGGGCGCGGGCAAAUCAUCCGAUACAGUCAGGAUCCAGUAGAGGGGAUUCCGAUUUGGUCAGGAGCGAGCGACCCGAGAGGUGACGGGGCUGCGUACGCCGCAAUCUGA